CACCAUUAUGUCAUAGACCUUCAAAGUAUAAUAUGUUUUUAUUUUUAUUUUUUGUAUUUUAGUAAGUUUUUUAGUUAUUGCAUAUGUUAUGUUUACUUAUUAGUAACUAUAGAAUAAAAGUGUAUAAUAAUUAAGAAUAAUCAAUUAAAUCUAUAGAUGGAGUCUGCAGAGUGGCAUGAGACCGUUUUUGUGAUUGGUAAGAGAACAAAUGCUGGAACAUUUGAUAAUGAAAAUUGCAAAGUGUUUGAUAAAAACGGUUAUUGUUGGAUUGUUGAGCAAGAGUUUUGCAAAAGAUUAGAAUUAUUUGAAGAUCCAUGUAAAUGGGAUCAAGUGCAAGUUCAAACUUGGAUGAAAUGGGUUAAAAAUGAAUACAACUUAACUAAUUUAAAUAUUACUGAAUUAACAAUAAAUGGAAAACAGUUAACGUCAGACAAUUUUAGUUGGAAUAUUGCUGGUUUAGAGAAAAAGUCUUCAAAUGAUGAUUUUUGGACACACAUUUGUCUGCUCAAAACUAUGCACAAAGUAUAUAUUAAACAAAAUGAUGAAGAAUGUAUCGAUAUAUGUGUAAUUCUAAACUUUAAAAAUAAAAUGUAUUUAAAUUCUGACUUUAAUAAUGGUGUAGAAAUUUGGCAAUUUCUACUAAAUUUACUAACAGAUAGUGAAUAUCAAAAUGUGAUUGAAUGGGUCAAUAAUGAAGGAACAUUCAAAAUAAUAAAACCAAAUACUAUAAGUAUCAUGUGGGGUUUAGUUAAAAAGAAUUGGAAAAUGAACUAUAAUAAAAUGGCUGCAGCAUUAAGAUACCAUUAUGGAAAAGGCAUUAUAGAACGUGCCAAGGGAAAACAUGUUUAUAAAUUUGCUGGUGAUAUAAAAACUAUGAUUGGUUAUAAUCCUAUGGAUAUGAAGAGUAUGUUUCAACAAGAAUCUAAUUAAGGUAUCUAAUAAUUGUAUUGUAUUACAAAUUAUAAUACCUAUGCUGAUUCUCAUUAAAAAUUUGAUUAAUUUAAUGGUUUGCUGAAAAUUGAAUGGACUGAUCAUGGACCACUAAAUUAUGUUGAAAGAACUACUAGCUACUAGCUCAUGAUUGAUUUAUUAAAUGUUUAGUGAUUCUUUAAGCUUAAGCUAACUGGCAUCAGUCUUGUAAUUGCAUUAUAUAUUUCAAUCAAAGUAGUCAUCAACAGUAUCCUACUAUGAGCUCCUCUACAUUUUACUGAAGUUGCAACAUCAGCUUACAAAAAUCUUAUUUGUGUAAAUCAAUUAUAAUUUGUAUACAAAUAAUUACUUCAUCCAAAACA